GAGCGAGUCACGCAGCAGGUGAUUACCGGAAUCUUGUGCUGCGUUAAGACAGAUUGGCGCUCUUUUGAAUAAUCAGAAGAGGCUCUUUUAAAGACCCAUGCCAGUACCUGGCUCUUUCAAUGUGCAAUGCCAAAAAGUGACAACUGGCCAGGGGGCAUUGCCAUGGAAUCUGUGACUGGUAUGGACAGUGCGGGUAGCAGUGAUAGUGUGGCCAGCAUCAACUCUGGCUGUAGUGAUGAUAGUUUUGGACACCUUUCCGCUGAGGAGAAAGCAAUCCUCAUGUUUCUGGAGGAGACCAUUGAGGCUCUAGAGGUAGAAGAUGACAGCGGUUUGUCUAGCGAUGAGCCCGAACGCCCAUCUCAUAACCUGGCAGGAAAAGAUAUUCAUCACCCCUCCAUCAACCACAACAAACAUGAGGAGCUAUUAGCCCAUGAGGACCCAAAGCAAGUCAUGGGAAGAGAUCACAGACCAUCUCAGAGUUACCUUGUGCCAACUCCGUUGCUCCUUGCCAGUGGUAAUGCCAAAUUAAUCGGUAGACCUGUUGAAUCAUCUCCCAAAGAACAACCAGUGGCUUUUCUUGAUGAACUUGAUGGGUUCAGAUCAAAGUCUGACCAUCAACAAACUGGAAUGGCAGUUUCAGAAGGAACUGCUUCUUCAAACUUAGUAACUGCUAAACCAAGCAUUGUACUAUUGAGUGAUGUGGUUGACUUGCCACCUUCUUUCAUACCUGAACCACCAGUUAAAGCAAAUUUGCUCAGAGACUCAAACUUGAUAGACCAUUCUCCUAAGAGUUUGGAUGUCAAGUCUCAGCAGAAGCCCCAGAAAGCUUCCUCAGAAAUUCUGGUGGGUUUGAUUCCUCCACCCUCAGACUUCAUGGAUGAACCUGCAGAGAGGAGUGCCGUACCACCACUGACAAUGCCAGUUUUUGAUGGGCCACCAGAAUGGACUCCCGAACUCCCGAACACAGAGCCACAACCUGAUGGUGGAUGUGACAAGCCUGCUGAGAUGAGUAAAUCCCAAAGUGUUGACUCAAAAACCUCAAGAGGACCAUUGAUCCACAAUGAGCUUGAGAAUUUGCACAAGAAGGCCUCCAUGAACAAAGUGCCUGAUUUGACACCGUUGAUGUUUGCACAACAUGCUUCCGCCGACAAACCGAUGACAACUUCACCAUCUUCAGAGCAUGUACCUGGAGUUCCAAAAGAGUACAGUGACACCAAAAGCCCACCAGUUGUGGCUCCUAAACCCAAGAAACUGCCUUCUAAUAUCAUCCUCAAAAGCCACAAAGACACAGGUGCCACACACUCUUUACUACCGCAGAGUGACCGUCCUCAGCUGGAUCAACAGAAGAUACGAAUGGAAGCCUUGAAAAAAUUAGGCCUGCUAAAGAGUGCGGAAGUCGAUUCAGGGCCCAAUGUCUCUUCUAAUCAAUCCCCAACAUUUAAAGCAAAAGAUACCCCACUUUCCUCCAAUAAACCAAGUACUUACACAACGGCACCUUCAGUACAACCAGUGCAGGACUCUAAACUAGCUGAAAGUUCUGUACCAGGAGUGGUGCACCCAAAAAUAGACAUGCCAAAACUCAUAGACAGGGAAAGUAGGCAAGGUUCUUUGAAGAAGCAACCAGCAAGACCCUAUGAGGUCAAAUCAGCUUCUUUGGGGCGGUCAGGUAUAGGUCUUAGCAGCAUUGCCUUUGAACCAACCCCUCAAGCAACAAAUAGAGACAGGACCAAUGUUGAGCGCCAAUCAGGUGUAGGUCUUGGCAGCAUCGUUGUUGAACCCACCACACAUGCAACUAAACCAGACAAAACCAAUGUUGAGCUAUCUCCAGGUCAGUUACGAAAAAACCGAGGUCAACUUCCUUCUGCAGGAAGCGCGAAGGACUUCAGUAUUGGCCAUGCAGCUGAUGAUUCAAACAAAUCACUUCAUGCUGCUUCAGUUCAGCCUUCACAGCCAGGUAAUGAUGCCCAAAAGUUACCUCGCUCCAAUGGCAUAAGCGUUCUGAUCACCCCAUGUGGUAAAAAUGGUGAGAACCGACGAGAAGCUUUGAAGAAACUUGGAUUACUGAGGGACUAACAGUUCGCCAACUACCCUUCUCUGGGAACUGAACUUCACAAUGUAUUCUGUGUACAACAAUCUUUAGCAUUGAAAUGCAGAAUGCUGAAAUGGGUCUUGCAUAAUGUGGACAUUGAGACAACAUCAGAAGUACCUGCUGAAGCUGAGUUCUUUUCUUCUAGAUCUUCAGCAAUAGUGGCACUUUUGGCUUCAGCUUGAUGGUCUAUUUGCAUUCUCAGCUACCUGCUUAAAUAAUCAUCACCAGGGUUGGGAGGGUUACUUUUGAAACAUAUUCCACUACAGAUAUUUGCCCUUGUAAGUUGUUUUGGUAAAAAAGGUUAGGAAAUGAAUGUAAAUAUGCUCAAUUUUGGCAUAGCAUCAAUAUAGACCCUAUUUGCUUGCCCCUGGUCUUAUUGUGCUCUCAUGUCAAUUCAACCAUGUAUGUUAUUUCAAAGAGAAACAGUGUUUUUAUUUAGUAAUAUUUAAUCAAAAUGUAAUAACUUGACAGCACAUCAGUUGUGUAGGCUGUUGGUUAAUGUUAACCAAUCGCGAAAUAGCUAUUUAGGCAUUGUUUUAGACCUUUCUUAAUUUUGCAAUAGUUAAUGCAGUAAUUUAAUACCAAUUAACGUUAAUGUAAUUUAAUGCCAUUUAACGUUAAUACUCAAAUCUCAUCUCUAGUGUUUUUUUGUUGUUGUUGUUGUUAAAUGGUACUGUACAUGCCAUAUUAAAGUUUUUAUUAAAGCUUUUAUUCUAUACUGUCGAUAACUAUUAA